UCGCCAGCGCCGAAGGCGCUGUUGCGCCGUCUAUUGCAAAGAUUGAAAGUUUCCUCCGCAUGUUGGUACUUUUCGAACCGACGAAGCACGGAGUUUGCGAGAGUAUCCAGCAUGGCUGACAUGAACGAUCCGCCUCCGUUAUUUUCUUCGGAAGGCGAUCUAAAUUCGAAAGAGGACGAUGACAUCUUCGCUUCCACUGUCGAGCAGCACAAGAAUUUCCGGGAGGGGCCGAUGGAGGGUCCGGCUGUGGAAGAGGUGAACCUGGACGAGGACGAGCCCCAGACGCAGGCCCCAUUGUUGGGCUCGGCCAAGCUGGAGUUCCGGGGCUCGGACGAGGAGCUGUCGGCCCCCAACCCGCCCCGGGGGGCCACCACCCUCUUUUCCCCGGAUGCAGGUGCCAAGCCCCAGACGGGGGGUAAAGAGAAGGAGAAGCCAGAGGAGCUGCUGGAGAUCAGCGUGCGUGAACCCCAGAAGGUUGGGGAGGGCAUGGGGGCCUUUGUGAGCUACCGGGUGGUGACGCGUACCAACCUGAGCUACUUCCGUAAGAGCCAGAUGUCCGUGAGCCGGCGCUUCAGCGACUUCCUGGGCCUCCACGAGAAGCUGGUGGAGAAGCACCUCCACCUGGGGCGCAUCGUUCCCCCCGUGCCUGAGAAGAGCGUUCUCGGCAUGACCAAGAUCAAGAUGUCCAAGGACGAGGGGGUGGCCUCGGAGGACUUCGUGGAGCGAAGGCGAGCGGCCCUGGAGCGCUUCCUGCAGCGCACGGCCCAGCACCCGUCACUCCGCGUGGACCCCGACUUCCGAGAGUUCCUCGAGCUGGAGGCAGAGCUUCCACGGGCCACGAGCACAGCGGCCCUCAGCGGAGCUGGCAUGUUCCGGCUCAUCUCGCGCGUGGGCGACUCCGUCUCCAAGAUCACCACCAAGAUGGACGAGACCGACCCCUGGUUUGAGGAGAAGCAGCAGCAGGUGGACAACCUGGACCUGCAGCUGCGGAGGCUCCAUGCCAGCAUCGAGACCAUGGUGCAGCAGCGCAGAGAGCUGUCGCAGAGCACGGGGUCCUUCGCCAAGAGCGCGGCCAUGCUGGGCAACUGCGAGGAGCACACUGGCCUGUCGCGGGCCCUGUCCAAGUUGGCCGAGGUGUGCGAGCGGGUGGAGCAGGUGCAGGGGCGUCAGGCCAAGCAGGACUUUUACUGCCUGGCGGAGCUGGUCAAGGACUAUGUGUCCCUGGUCGGGGCCAUCAAGGAGGCACUCCACCAGAGGGUAAAGGUGUACGGCACCUGGCAGCACGCCCAGCAGACGCUGGCCCGCAAGCGGGAGGCCAAGGCCAAGCUGGAGCUGGCCCAGAAGGCCGACCGGCUGCCCCAGGCCCGCCAGGAGGUGCUUGACUGGGAAGCUAAGGUGGACCGGGCCCAGGAGGAGUUUGACAGCGUGUCCCGAGUCAUCCGCGCGGAGCUGGACCGCUUCGAGCUGGACCGCAUCGCAGACUUCCGGGCCUCCGUCGUGCGCUACCUCGAGUUCCUGCUUGACACCCAGCAGCAGCUCAUCAAGUACUGGGAGACAUUCCUGCCUGAAGCCAAGGCCAUCGCGUGAUGGCAAGAUGGCAGCCAGGCAAACAUUCCAGCCUCCUUCAAGGGGGUGUGGGGGCCCUUUCUUCCUCAAGGGAGCAGGGGUUCCGGUGAUUCGGUCGGCUCCCUCGUUUGGGCCGUAAAUGCAAAGAGGAAAGUCUCGUUUUCCUUUCUGUAUGUGAGGCGCCGUCACAAGAUUGCCGAAACUGGCCCCGUUUCGAAGAGGCGGUCGUGUCUGAGGUAUUGCACAAAAAGCCUGGGGUUCCUUUGCUUACCAAGACGUAAAACUGCGCGCUGUGGUAUGCUCCGGAAAGAGGGUUGCACCUCCUCGUAGCUCUCCUUGUCCUUUUCCGCAGUUUUUGUAAUUUAUCAUUCAUGGAAUAAAGCUUGGACUGUAAAUGUGCA